AUGAUGCAUGGCCCAUGUGGUCAUUUAAAUCCUAAUGCAGUCUGUAUGGUUGAUGGAAAAUGUUCCAAAAAUUAUCCAAAAGAAUUCAAUGACCUCACACGUGAAUCAGUUAACGGUUAUCCUCUUUAUCGAAGACGUGAUAAUGGUGCUUCUGUAGAUGUUAGAGGUCAUUCACUUGAUAACAGAUAUGUAGUUCCAUAUAAUCCAUAUUUAUCUGCUAAAUUCAAUUGUCAUAUUAAUGUUGAGGUGUGCACUACUGUUAAAAAUGUUAAAUAUAUAUACAAAUAUGUAUAUAAGGGAUAUGAUGGUGCAACUGUAGAAAUUGGUGCACUUCAUAAUGAUCGUAUUGAUGAAAUUAUAAAUUAUUUGAAUGGCCGUUAUGUUGGUUCAACAGAAGCUAUGUGGCGCAUUUAUGAGUAUCCAAUGCAUUAUCAAUCACAUUCAAUUAUAAGAUUGGAUAUACAUUUGCCAAAUACACAAAAUAUUGUAUUUCGUGAAGGUCAAGAGCGACAAGCCAUUGCUAAUGAUAAUGUUACAUGUGAGGCAUUGGGUUUACCAAUACCAAGACAUAUAACAGAAGAAGAUGAAAUUGAAUUUGUUGACCCAAUGGAAAAUGAAUAA